GAGUCGUUCCUCUGUCCUAACUACUAAUGAGCUCUCUCUCUCUCUGUCUCUCUAUUCCACUCAGUGCAAGCUGCUGCUUUCUCUUCAUUCUCCGAGCCUCUGCAAUGGCAACUGAAAUUUUUAGUAAGCAGAAAACCAUCGAUCUGAGAAAGCAACACAUUGGUCCGUCCUGCAAGGUUUUCUUCAGCCAUGACCCCAUCAAGAUUGUACGAGCCAGGGGUCAGUACAUGUACAACGAAAAAGGCGAGCAGUACCUAGAUUGCAUCAACAACGUCGCCCACGUGGGUCACAGUCACCCAGAAGUCGUCCAAGCUGGAGCAAAGCAGAUGGAGCUUUUGAACACUAACUCACGUUUCCUCCAUGACAAUCUUGUCCAAUACGCACAACGCCUCCAAGCCACACUGCCGGAACAGCUCUCAGUCUGCUACUUUACCAAUUCAGGCUCUGAGGCCAAUGACUUGGCCUUAAGAUUGGCUUGGCAGUACACCGGCCACAAAGACAUCAUCACGCUGGACAAUGCCUAUCAUGGUCAUGUGUCAUCACUUAUUGAUAUCAGUCCAUACAAGUUUCACCAGCUGGGAGAGUGUGAGCAAAACCAAUAUGUGCAUGUGGCUCCUAGUCCAGACAUCUACAGAGGGAAAUACAGGGAAGAUCACACAGACCCUGCUACUGCUUAUUCAGAUGAUGUUAAAGACAUCAUAGAAAAAGUUCAUGCAAAAGGACAUAAGAUUGCUGCUUUCAUUGCUGAGUCACUGCAGAGUUGUGGAGGGCAGGUCAUUCCUCCAGUGGGCUACUUCCAGAAAGUGGCACAACACGUGAGAAAGGCUGGGGGCGUCUUCAUUGCUGAUGAGGUCCAGGUCGGCUUUGGAAGGGUAGGCACCCGUUUUUGGGCUUUCCAGCUGCAAGGGGAAGACUUUAUACCUGAUAUUGUCACUAUGGGCAAACCGAUUGGGAAUGGACACCCAAUGUCCUGUGUGGUGACCACUAGAGCGGUGGCUGAAGCCUUCAUGUCAUCUGGAAUGGAGUACUUUAACACAUUUGCUGGCAAUCCUGUAUCCUGUGCUAUUGGGCUAGCUGUAUUAGAUGUGAUUGAGAAGGAGGAUCUCCAAGGCAAUGCCCUGCGAGUAGGGAGAUACCUGAUGAACAUACUUGAGACACUGAAAGAGAGACAUCUCUUAGUGGGAGACAUCAGAGGUUGUGGCCUUUUUGUUGGGGUGGAGUUGGUGAAAGAUCGACUUAAAAGAACUCCUGCAACAGCUGAAGCUCAGGAUGUCAUAUAUAGACUGAAGGAUCAGCGGGUUUUACUAAGUGCUGAUGGACCACACCGAAAUGUCUUGAAGUUUAAACCACCACUGUGCUUCUCCAGAGAGGAUGCUGACUUAGCAGUUGCAAAAAUCGACCAGAUUCUGACAGACCUUGAGAAUGCUCUGGGCCUCCGUAUGCCAGACACUACAGACCAUCUAAAUGCACAAAACAAGCGCAAGGAGUCAGUUGGGGAAAAUGGCCAUGGAGUUCCUUCUGGUGUUAACUGUCACAUAACUAAAACUAACAAACGACGAAGAACAUGAACAAAUGUUUUCCUUUCACCUGACACUGAGAGCAGAACACAGUUAGCUUAAGAGCCUUUAUUUCUGACUACACCUGCAAAUGAAUUUACUGAAUGAUAUUUAGUCAUUGCUACAGACCAAGAGUUAACAGUGAGAAGGAGUGACUUAAAAGGAGUGAGCUGGAAAGAAGAAUAAUUUUUCACAAAAAGCAAUAGCAAAUGUGUGAGCCUUGUUAAGAGACUUGACGGUAAUUAAGGUAUUUAAUAUGAUGAGAUAUGAUGGAAUAAAUCAUGAGCAAUGCAAAAAUUUUCAGAAGAUGAGAGAGCAGAGAAACACAGAACAGGGCACAAAACAUUACUGGAGCUAAUAAGUAGCUAUGCCGGAAAACCUUAACUGAAUUCUUGAAAGAAUCUAUGUGUUCAUUUAUGAAUAACAUCUUGAAUGCCACAGCUACAGCAGUAACGUUAUACAAUGCUGCAGUAAUUCCAUAAAAAUGUUAUUCACUGUGAGUGCAUCUCCAUCUGCUCAACAGCUCCUUAGAUCCAUAUGUCAUGUACAUGAGUUUGAGCACUAGUGAAACCCUGAGUUCAGCACACAUUGGGUCAUUGAUGACUUGAUUUCUGGCGAAAUGACUGCAUAAUCAUGUUGUGAAAUGUCACCACUGGCAUUUAUAAACAACAGGCAGAACAGAUAUCUAUGAAAUCAUUUUUUUAUGUUGUUUAAAAUUUGUUAUGAAUAAUCAUGUGUCAUAAUACUUCAAGCAGGGUCACUCGUUAAAACAACCCGUAUACAGGACCCCAACUAAAGAUAAAAAUCACUAAUGUAAUAAUAAUUUAAAAGCUACAACACCAAUAACAAGCUACUUAGAUUUUUUUUUACAGACGUUGGCUGAUGACGCCAUUUCCUCUAAGGGAACAAAUUGAGCAUCAAUACUCACUGUUGUUUUUUUUUUUUGUGUGUGUGUGUGUGUGGUGCAUUAUGGGAUUUUUUAGGGAGUGAAUAUUACAGUGCACUGGAAGGAUUUUGCAAUUGAGACAUCCCUUAAAUUGGCCAAUGAUCACCCUGAUCAGUGCCCUGACCUUCUGAACUAAGAAAAGGAUUGAGAUACACCUGAUAUUUUGAGUUUGGACAGCUCUCUCUUUUUUAAUGUAUUAAUUAUGAGUUAAUACUACAUAGGCUCAAGCUUAUUCUUUUGACAUUAAUUUCCAUGUUUUAAUGGAUAUAUAAUAUGCCUCAUGAUCUAAAAGUGACGGUAGCAUUAUAUAUAAUGUUUAAUAAUUAAAUGUUUAAUAAUUCUAAAGCAGGUUGAAUUUAGAGGGUUUUCAAUCAUGUACAGUAUUCAAAGUGCAAUAAUAAUUUUAACCACAUUUUUUAAAAAAAUCAUAAAAUAAUGUGUGACGUAAAGACUGAAUCAGAUGCUCAUGUCAGCAAUGAAGGACUUGUUCAUUUCUAUACAUUUUGUUUUAUUGGAAAAAUGUAGGGAAAAAAUGUGCUUAAAUGCGACCUUGGUGAUUGUGCAAAGUUCACGUUGUUCUUUUACAUGCAAACAUUAUCCUGAUGUAUUAGGCAAGCGUGUGCUCCUCCGCAUGCACUUGCUGAACGAGGCCGCUGGUGCGUAAGCUGUUGGUAUGAAGACACACUGAAGGGAGUGCACUCAGCCACUUUCAGCAUGACCUCAUAUGAUCAGAACAGCUUGUGAAACACUGGCCUGUCCAGCUGUAAUGGAGUAGAACAAACCUUAAAAUGUCACGCAUGAAGUCCAAUCACAGAAAAACACGUUGACUUUACCUCAGCACUUCAUUAGCACUUGAAAAUAUAAGUCGAAAAUAUUUCCUUUGUUCCUUUGCAUUCUUAUUCUAAUUUUGGGCAAGAUGAUGAUGUUGUAUGACCAGUGUUACGUAUUAUGUGUGUUAUUUUGUAAUGUGAUUAAGAACAAAAUCUUCAAUAAAGGCAAAUGUGUCAAAUA